AUGCGGAACCCAUGCUCCAUACUUUUAAACCUUUACCAACGAGUGAAGAUGUUUCUAUUAUUAUUAUUAUUAUUAUUAUUAUUAUUAUUAUUAUUAUUAUUAUUAUUAUUAUUAUUAUUAUUAUUAUUAUUAUUAUUAUUAUUAUUAUUAUUAUUAUUAUUAUUAUUAUUAUUAUUAUUAUUAUUAUUAUUAUUAUUAUUAUUAUUAUUCUAUUAUUAG